CCAUUGAAGGACCGCAGCAAAACGGCGCUAUUCCCUUAAGCCACGCCCAUCUGCACGCACGCUGUUGGUUCCCUCCCCCAAUCCGGCACAUCAGCCCGGUCACAGGCGAUCAUUCGCUAUCUCACUGUCUCUUCCUCUCGUAUUCUAUUGCACCGUGCGAAAGCGUGACAGGAAAACAUCCGCGAAGUCCCAUUUCAUUCAGUGCCCUGACGAACCUCACCUCGGAAAGAUGCUUGCGCCUACGCCAACCAUAACAGCGAUCGUCGCUGGGUUGGCCGCGCGACAAGCAACUCCCGUGACUCUGACCGCCAACUUACCCUUAACGACCAUCUAUACCGCGAACUCGACCUGUCUCACCAGGCCUUACGGCAUUCUUGCAGAUGGCACAAUAUCUGGACAGCCAUCGGCGUUCCGCGACUACAGCCUUGCAGAGGCGGCCUGCUACCCGACCUCCAUGUUCUCGUUGCAGUACAGUACGAACCUGUUCUACUCGCCUGGUGUAUGUCCCUCGGGGUGGGGUAAGGCCAGCCAGCAAGUUCCAGUACCUGCUACCUCAGCCUCGACUACGGUGACCCUAGCCUGGUGUUGCCCUAGCAGCAUGGCCUUCUCCAACGAUGGGACCUACGCGUACUGUAGCACACUCGAAUAUACAGCGGCAGUGUCACGACUCCCGUCCCUUUCUCCAACUUCGUGGGCUUGCAGUGGCCUAUCUCGGUGGCGUGGAGAAGUGUGGACCUGACGAGAUUCACCCCUGCAAGCGCACCCGUCCUCGCAGCGGCAUCAACUCCCACAUCGACACUGUCAACGUUACCAGGAACAUCAGGAUCACCGAAGCCGUCUCUCUCAUCAGCUCCCAUAACAUCGAGCGCUGCCCGAUCUAGUUCUUCCGCUGGUUCCAGUGGCAGUGGUUCGCCGUCGAGAACGUCAAGCGGAGGCGCUUCGCGCACUUCAUCACGAACCUCAACAUCAG